GCCCCGCAGGUAGCAAAUGCGAAACGACCACCACCGCAUCCCCUGUCCAAUGUUUAGCAGGAACCUACGCCGCAGCUGGUGCCUCAACCUGUACGGCAUGUGAAGCAGGAAAGAAGUGUCCCACCAAUGGAAUGGAUGCUCCAGUCGGCUGCCCCAGCGGUGAAUACCAGCCCUCAACAGGCCAAUCUGCCUGUUUACCAUGCCCUGCAGGUCAACAGUGUCCAACUGUGAGUACCGCCACAGACUGUAACAAGGGCUUCUACAGUCCGGCAGGCUCCAAUGUGUGUACAGAAUGUCUUGACGGCACCUAUGCUGAUGCAGUGAAAUCUGCCAGUUGCACAACCUGUCCUGCAGGAUCGGAAUGUACGGACAAAACAGCCGCACCCGUAGCCUGUCCUCCUGGAGAAUACAGUGAUGCUGGUCAGAAGCUGUGCAGCCAGUGUGGUAGAGGGACAUACAAGGCAGCCUCGGGUGCCGGCUCUUGUGUGACGUGUGAGGUGGGGUUUGAGUGCCCUACAGUCACUGCAAAUGUUGCCUGCAAAAAUGGCUCUUACGCCUCAACCACAGGGCUCGAGAGUUGCAUUCCUUGUCCAGCUGGGUACAAAUGUUCUGACAAAACAGCAAACCCAGUGCAAUGCACGGCUGGAAGUUACGCAGGCAAUCUCAGCAUAUCAUGCCCGUCAUGUGACGCAGGCUACAAGUGUCCGACCGCCGGACUUGAGGCUCAGAUAGCAUGCCCCGCUGGAUGGUACCAGAAUCAAACCGGGCAGACGUCAUGUACCCAGUGUCCACAAGGUAAAAAGUGCCCAAGCCGUACCUCCCUGCCAGAUGAUUGCCCAACAGGUGAAUAUCAAGAUGGAUAUGGAAUGGAGACUUGCAAAUCGUGUGCGUCUGGUUACUAUGCCGCCAGCACAGGGACUGUUAUAUGCGCCAUUUGUCCUGCGGGCUCCCAGUGUGCUGACCCUAAAGUAGCCCCAGUGGCAUGCCCAUCAGGACAGUUUUCUCUCCAAGGAAGUACAUCGUGCUCAGGAUGUCCAGCAGGUCACACGUGUUCCGGCGAUGUAGCCACUGCUUGCUCUUCCGGGGAGUAUGUUGUCAACAACACUUGCACACUCUGCCCGGCGGGCUUCUACUGUGAUGACCCGGCUGUGGGUCAGAUGGUCUGCCCUGACGGAGAGUACCAGGUGCUUACUGGAAAGUCAUCAUGUAACAAGUGUCCGGCUGGACAAGAGUGCCCGUCCAAGAGUGCAGCUGCUGUGAACUGUACCGCGGGAUAUUACAGCAACUUGGGUGUCAGCACUUGCUCGAAAUGCCCAGACGGCUACUACAGUGCGGUGGGAGCUGGUUCAUGUUCCCAGUGUCCUGCGGGUCAGAAAUGUUACGAUGGUUCAAACUACAUCACGCCUGUCAACUGCGCUGUGGGAGAGUACAGCCCUCUUGGAGUCAAUAUUUGUAAUGUUUGUGGAACAGGUACAACAAGUAUUGCAGGCUCAAAGUCAUGCUCAGACUGCACGGCUGGCUUCCAGUGCUCGGACCCCAGAAUCCCAGCAGCCUGCGCAUCUGGUUCCUACAGUCUUGCAGGGAAUGUUAUUGCUUGCACCCAAUGCCCAGCUGGCUACAGCUGCCAGAAUGCCAAUGCAGCCCCGGUGAUCUGUGCGGCGGGUAAAUACUCGUCCGCUGGAGCCACCUCCUGUACUAACUGUCCCACAGGCAAAUCCUGCAUCGACCCCUCAGAGUCACCCGUGAACUGCGUCACUGGCUUUUACAGCCCUGAGGGUGAGGCCACGUGCAAGGCAUGCCCGGCUGGAUCUGAAUGCCAGACCAACGGGAACACACCUACAGCCUGCGGGGCUGGCUACUACAGCCUGUCUGGUCAGAUGGACUGCACAGAAUGCCCCUCUGGCAGCAUGUGCCCCUUCACGUUCCAGAGUCCCAUCAAGUGCCCCGCUGGGCGACACACGGAUGGUCAGACAAAGAAGCAAGCGUGUUCAGACUGUCCUGCAGGAAGUCAAUGUGCAGACCCAAGCUCAAGUCCGCAAGCUUGCAUUUCUGGUGAAUAUUCACUUGCAAAAGCUACGUCAUGCAAGAAGUGCCCAGCCGGCUACAAAUGUCCAACUACCAGUGCAAAUCCAAUCCAGUGCGGCUCUGGGGAGUUCUCGUUUGAGGGAGCCACCACUUGCCAAACGUGUGGUGCCGGCCAGGCAUGUACCGUCACUGGGACUGUGUCAACAUGCAAACCAGGUUUCUAUGCAGCAGCAGGCAACGGUUCCUGCACCAGAUGUCCUGCAGGCUCUAAGUGCCCCUCAGCCACUAUCACUGCCCCAGUAGACUGUGACGCAGGCCAGUAUGCCUACGCAGGCUCAACUGAGUGCACUGACUGCCCGGCAGGUUGGCAGUGUCCUGACAAGGAUGGGACAACCAAGGCUCCCUGUGCCAGUGGCUUCUAUGCAACAGGGAAACAAACAGCCUGCACAGAAUGCCAAGCAGGCACAGCAUGCCCCGAUGUCAACCAUGCCACAAUCAUCACCUGUCAGCCCGGCCAGUAUGCUUUGGAAGCCCAGACUGCAUGUACUGACUGCCCGCCAGGGUAUGAGUGUCCAAGUGUUACCUCAGACACUAAGACUAUAUGUACAGAUGGAUUCUACAGUGAAGGUGGGAGAGCUGCAUGUGUAGAAUGUCCAGCUGGUUAUGAAUGCCCUACCAUAUAUGACGACUUUAAAACACAGUGCGGUCGAGGCUUUUACUCAUUAGCAGGACAAGUGCAAUGCACUGAAUGUGAAGCCGGCAAAGAAUGUCCACUAAACAACCAACUUGGCACAGCCUGUGCCAGUGGCAAAUACAGUUUAGGAGGACUACAGGCCUGUAAGACAUGCCCUGCUGGAUAUUUCUGUGCUGACAGUGCCGUGGACCCUGUCAUCUGCCCAGAAGGGCAGUGGAGCGCUGCUGGUGCUAUCACUUGCUCCAAUUGUAUAGCAGGAUAUGCCUGUCCAGUAGGCAGCACACAGCAAGAUCCCCCAUUGGCCAAGUGCUCCAUGGGAUACUACUGUACAGAUGGCAAGGUGGAGACCCCAUGCCCAGCAGGCACCUAUGGUGAUGCUAGAGGUUUCACUGUAGAUACACAAUGUAAGGAUUGUAUUCAGGGCUUCUACUGUCCUGAAGGUACGGCAGGUCAGCCUACCAAUGAUCUGAUAUGUCACAGAGGCCACUACUGCCCAGCGAAGACUGGAACAUACAAAAACAAUGCGUGUCGAGGGGGGACAUACAACCCAGAUCUUGGCUCCACCUCUGAUGCAGCAUGUGUGCAAUGUCCCGCGGGCCGACACUGCCCUGCUGGCACUGACAACCCCCAGAAUGACGAGUACAAGUGUCCCAGGGGCUCAUACUGUCCGGUAGGAUCAGCUGAACCAACCAAAUGUGCUGCAGGCUUCUACACUGAGGCAGAAAACUCCAAUGACAUCUCCGACUGCAUCGGCUGUCCCACGGGCUACUACUGUCCAGAAGGAACUGCAAACACGAUACCAUGUCCCGCUGGAUUCUUCAAUCCUGACGUCCAGAAGAGGAAUGUGUCUGACUGCGUGCAAUGCUUAGAAGGCAAAGCCUGUACAAAAGCUGGGCUGUCUUUCCCAGAUUCCCCCUGCUCCCCAGGCUACUAUUGUCCUGGAGAGAACUAUGCAGCCAACCAGGUCGAAUAUGCCUGCCCUGCCGGAACGUACACGGACUUUACCAAUCUCACGAAGGUAGAGCAGUGUCAGCAAUGUCCGCAGAAGUUUGCCUGUACUGGAGGAACGGGUGGCACACAGAAAGCACCAGAAGCUUGUGGUGCUGGCCACUUCUGUCCCACAGGGACUGGGUCACCUACCCAGUACCCCUGCCCAGCGGGAACUUACGCCAACCUGACCAACCUGUUCAAGGUAGAGCAGUGUACCGUCUGCCCUCGGGGAUACUACUGCCUGGAGGGGUCCUCUAAACCUACUGCGCUCUGUGCCCCAGGACAUUAUUGUCCUGAUGGUACCCCGACAGCGACAUUCUACCCAUGCCAUGCGGGCUCAUACUCCCCAGAGUCUGGUCUCACAGCCUGGGAGUCCUGUAAGGACUGUACAGCAGGACACUACUGUCUGGCAGGCUCCACAGCACCAACACCCUGCACUAAAGGAACUUUCCGUGCUGAUACAAAAGGCACCCAGCUCAAUGACUGUGAUUUCUGCACUGCGGGCUAUCACUGUCCCACUACAGGAAUGACCAAACCACUUGUGUGUGAGAAAGGCAACUACUCGGACACAGGUGCCACUGAUUGCAUUGGGUGUGACCCCGGUAGAUACUGCAACCAGAACGCCACCUCAAUGGCAUACAUGAAUUCCGAGCUCAUUUGUCCAGCUGGUACAGAGUGUCCAGGCAACAUGUCAUACAUGCCUGACGUCGUGAAAAACCCCUGUCGUGCAGGCUAUUAUUGCCCCAGAGGCGAUGUCAACCCUUGGCCAGUUCCAUGCCCGGCAGGCACGUUCAGCCCAGAGAAAGGCCUCAAGCAGGUGUCAGACUGUGCGCAGUGUACCGCCGGCAAGUACUGUGAAACCGAAGGACUGACAGCUCCAACUGCAGACUGCCCAGGAGGAUACUACUGCCCCCUUGGCACAGCAAACAUGUACACAUUCCCCUGCCCCAUCGGUUUCUAUAGGAACGGCUCGGCCAAGGAAUCCUUCCAGGACUGUGCGGAGUGUAAGGCGGGUUUCUACUGCGACAAUGAAGGUCUGGCUGAGCCCAAGGAUUGUCCUAGAGGCUACUACUGCGUGACGGGCAGUAUCAGUUAUGAGCCCUGCCCGCUUGGUCACUAUGGCAACUCCACCAAUCUCCGUAGAGACACUGACUGCACCCCCUGCCCUGGAGGCUACUACUGUGAUGGCAUCGGCCUCACCCAUCCAACGGACGUCUGUGACCCAGGUUUCUAUUGUCGUGAGAAAGCGUACACCUCUGCUCCACCAGACGGCCUGACGGGAGGUCUGUGCCCAGCAGGAGGCUACUGCCCUGCUGGUUCGGCCACCCCCUCCCCGUGCGACGUGGGAAUGUAUGUCAAUGUGGCUGGAGCUAAAACCAAGUUUGACUGCAUACCGUGUGAGCCUGGCUUCUUCUGUGCCGGUUCUAGCAGUGUGAAUGCAACGCAAAAGUGUUCAGCAGGCUACUACUGCACAGGUGGUGCCGGUGUCCCCACACAGCACGAGACCAUAGCUGGAUACUACACGCUAGCAGGAGCAUUUAAGAUGGAGCCCUGUCCAGGAGGCACCUAUCAGCCUGCGCGACUCUCGGAAAGCUGCAUCGACUGCCCUCAAGGGUUUUACUGUAACGGCACUGCAACCACUGACCCCAUUAUCUGUCCUGAAGGUCACUACUGCCCCUUGAAGAGUGAGUGGCCAACACCGUGUCCGCCUGGAACAUUCCACAACAGUAAGGGUCAGUACCAACUAAGUCACUGUGUGACCUGCACCCCUGGAUGGGCAUGCGAAAUGAACGGUCUCUCAUUUCCAGAUGUGAAAUGCGACCCUGGACACUAUUGCUACAACGGCUCAGACACUAGGAAUCCUGUCAACAAAUCCUAUGGUGACCUUUGCCCUCCUGGUUACUACUGUCCAAUAGAAACGCCAGACUACGCUCACUUCCCGUGCCCCAAUGGAACGUACUCAAACUACACUGGUAACAUGGCUGCUGAAAACUGCACGCUGUGUGAAGGAGGCAAAGUGUGUAGGGGUGGUGGUCUCACUGCGCCCAAUGGGUUAUGUGCCCCUGGAUGGUACUGCAGGCAGGGAGCCUACACGGACAAGCCGGUUGAUGGUGGACUGACAGGCGAAGUGUGCACAGUCGGCCAUUACUGUCCAGAGGGAACUGCAUCACCACUUGCCUGUGCAAAAGGAUCAUACAUGAAUGUCACAAACAUGGCAGCCUGUUUUGACUGCCCCGCCGGGUUCUUCUGCUACGGCGACAAAGACGUGCACAAAUGUGACCGCGGACACUAUUGCCCGGUCAACACUUCCUGGGACUCGCAAGUCAAGUGCCCUAUUGGAACUUACAACCCAGACAGAGGUAUGGACGAGGUGAGUGAUUGCCGUCAGUGUCUUGGAGGCUACUACUGCCACAUGCUGGGAGCCAUCAACUUUGACUACUCCAAGAACGAUACAGGAACCGGCUACUGUGACCCGGGAUACUACUGCAAGUCAGGCUGCAGCAUUGCCACGCCAACAAACGCGACCUCUACUGGUAUAGGCGGCCCCUGUCCACCAGGAUUCUAUUGCCCCAUCCAGACCGAGGACCCUAUUGCAUGCCCCAACACCACCUACAGGAAUAUUGAGCUGGGAAAGGCUCUCAACGACUGUUUCAUAUGUCCCAUGGGCAAGUACUGUGGAUCGGCCAAUCUGAGUCAGCCGUCUGGGCCAUGUGACCCGGGAUUCUACUGUCUCCAGGGUAACAACAUACCUAAUCCUCCAGGUGAUGAGCCACUAGUUGGUGGUCCGUGCCCCGCAACACACUACUGUCCCUCUGGCACCUCCAGUCCAUACCCGUGUAAAGCGGGAACGUACAACAACAUCACGCAGCAGGCGGAGUGCUUCGAGUGUCCCACGGGAUACUACUGCCCAGACAACACGACCCAUUUUGAGGACUUCCCGUGCCCUAUCGGCCACUACUGCCCGCCGGGAACCAACAGCAGUACUGAGUACCCUUGUCCUGUGGGAACGUAUCGUAACAACAUUGGCGGCCAGGUCGUAGGGGACUGUACUCCUUGUCCAUGCGGGAAACACUGCAGCAACGUAGGACUGAGUGCUCCUAGCGGGGACUGCACUCAGGGCUACUAUUGCGCGCUACGAGCUCAGAGUGCCACCCCUAGCGACGGUAUCACAGGAAAUAUGUGCUCCGCAGGCUAUCUUUGUCCCACAGGAUCUUGCAACCAAACCGCCUGCACAGAAGGGAGCUACUGCGGGACAACAGGUCUGUUCUCUGUUACUGGCCCAUGUAACUCCGGCCACUACUGCAAUGCUGGCUCCAGUCGGCCAGACCCAGCAGACGGCAUCAUGGGAAAUUUCUGCCCUGAAGGCCGCUACUGUCCGUCCGGUUCCACCAGUAACCAGGCACGGUGCCCAUCUGGUACCUACUCCAACAAGACCGGGAACCAGGUGGCUGGAGACUGCACCAACUGUACACAAGGCUUUUACUGCCAGAAUCUCGGCUUGACCCAGCCACAGGGACCAUGUUCUCCAGGCUACUACUGCCCAACAGGUUCAGAUUCCCCGACAGAAGUCUCAUGCACGGCAGGGCACUACUGCGCAGGCGGGAAUGCACAGCCUGUGCAGUGCGAGUCAGGAAGCUACCAGGACGAAACCGGGCAGGCUGCUUGUAAAGUAUGUCCAGCAGGAUAUUACUGCAACUUUGCGUCUGGUCCUAUCACUAACCCCACACUGUAUGUGUGCCCGGCUGGUCACUACUGCCCCAAUGGUACCAAGUUUGCCACAGAGUUUGGGUGUCCAUCUGGCACCUACAACCCGGGAACCAAUCUCAGGCCUGCCAGUGAAUGCCCUAAGUGCCCGGCUGGGAAAUACUGUGGGUCUGUAGGACUCAGUGUCGUCACAGGAGACUGCACUGCUGGGUACUGGUGCAUUCUGGGCUCCCCGACCCCCACACCAACCGACGGAACCCUUGGCAAGCUGUGCCCGGAGGGUAAAUUCUGCAUUGCAGGGACUGCUACCCCUACCAAUUGCCCAGUUGGGACCCAGUCUAAUAGCACCGGCCUCUCCAGUUCAAGCCAGUGUCCUCAGUGUGAAGGUGGAUACUACUGCGCCACUAGCGGUCUCAUAAGCCCCACUGGGCCAUGCACGCAGGGGUAUUACUGCAGCUCAGGGGCCAGCACUCCCACCCCAACCGAUGGCACCACUGGCAAUGUUUGUCCGGUUGGUCAUUACUGCCCAGCAGGUACCAAAACUCCCAAGCAGUGUGAAGAUGGUAAAUUCAAAUCAACAACCCAAGCCUCUGUAUGUGAUAACUGUACUGCCGGCUACUACUGCACAAAUGGCCUAACCCUAAAUGACUGCCCCAAGGGAUACUACUGCCCAUCUGGCACAGGCUCCGUGUGGCAACACUGCCCAGCCGGGACAUUCGGAAACAGCACCAGACUUGCCGCGGUGUCAGACUGCACGCAGUGUACAGGAGGUUACUACUGUGGCGCUACCGCACUGAGCUCACCAAGUGGGCCGUGUAACGCAGGCUACUUCUGUACGCAAGGCUCAGACUCAGCCACACCUUCUGGGUCUGUUGGAAAUGCCGGUGUGUGCCCUAAAGGUUCCUAUUGCCUGGCUCAAACCAUCAACCCCACGCCUUGUGCAGUGGGAUACUACAGCAACACGACUCAGCUGACGGCUUCUUCACAAUGCACCUCUUGUGACUAUGGCAAGUACUGUGGCACUACCGGUCUCUCUGAGCCCACUGGAAACUGCGCUGCUGGCUUCUAUUGCCUACGAGGGGCCCAGAGCCCUAACAACCCCUCAGUAGAUGCCACAGGUGGGCCCUGCCCUGUGGGACACUACUGCACCGUGGGAACCAGCUUCCCACUCGGCUGUCCUGCUGGCUCCUACAGCCCAACGGUAGGUGCAUCAUCUUGCCUCACCUGCCCAGGAGGCUACUUCUGUCAAGACAAUGCCACCGACUUCUCCAGCAAUGUCUGUCCACUGGGCCACUACUGUCCAAAUGGUACCAAGGCUGGUACCCAGUACCCAUGCAGCAUCGGCUACUUUAAAAACAUCACAGGGGGCACCAGCUCUGCUUCCUGCCUACCGUGUACCCCUGGGUACUACUGUGGCAGUACAGGCCUAUCAACUCCCACAGGCCCUUGUGAUCCUGGCUAUUAUUGCGUGGCCGGAGCUUGGGCAAAGCAGCCUAUGGAAAUUGGCACUUACUCUGCGCCCAGCUGUAUCUGCCCCGUCAAUCAGACUGGAGGCCAGUGUACUGCUGGUUUCUUCUGUCCGUCUGGUUCACCAAGUCCGAAACCAUGCACUGGAGGCUACUACUGUGGUACAGCGGGCCUUGCGGCCGAGUCGGGUCAAUGUUACGGGGGCUACUACUGCAUGUCCGGAGCCCAGGUCCCAGAUCCAACAGACGGAACCACGGGAGGCUUGUGUCCUGUGGGUCACUACUGCCCCAACGGGACGGAGACUGCUCAGGAGUGUCUGGCAGGAACCUACCAGAACGGAACGGGAAAAACUAAAGCUGGCGAUUGCGAGCCUUGCACUCCAGGCUACUACUGCAGCAGUUCUGGUCUGGCACAGCCCACGGGGAAAUGCGCAGCAGGCUACUAUUGUCCUGCUGGACAGACCAAUAUGCAACCGUCAAAUUACAGCUGCACGCCAGGUCACUAUUGUCCGGAGGGAAGUGGGGCCGAGAUUGAAUGUCCGUCUGGCCAGUACCAGAAUGCUACAGGACAGUCCACUUGCAAGAUCUGCGAUGCUGGGUACUACUGUGAUGGUAUACUACAUAAUGGCGUAGACACCCCAGAGUCAUGCCAACGAGGACACUACUGUCCAGCGGGCACAAGAACUGCCGCAGAAUUCCCAUGCCCCGCUGGGACGUACAACAACAACACUAACUCCAUGGCUCUAUCAGCCUGUGUGGAUUGUGACCCUGGCAAGUACUGUGGCUCCAUUGGUCUUGCCCUUCCCACCGGGUACUGUGAUUCUGGCUAUUUCUGCAUUAAGAAGGCGUCCAUUCCUAAUCCCACCGAUGGCACAACUGGAAACAUCUGCCCUGAGGGCUCCUAUUGCAACCCAGGGUCCUACGAAAGUGUUGAGUGUCCCUCAGGCACUUACAAUCCUACUCGAGGCAUUGGUUAUCUGGAGAACUGCACUGACUGUGAAGGGGGGGUGUUCUGCAGUAGCCCUGGCCUCAAUGCUCCUGUAGGAAACUGUUCAGCCGGGUACUACUGCAUCAGUAGAGCAACGAAAGCCAACCCUACUGACAAUAUAACAGGAAAUGUGUGCCCCGCGGGCCACUAUUGCCCAAUUGGAACAGGCCCUGCCCCGUUGCCUUGCCCUCAUGGAAAAUACACUAGCAUUACUGUGCAAUCUCAGUGCUACGACUGUGUUAUGGGAAAGUACUGUGUAGAUGGCAUAAAUCAGGUGCCAUGUCCGCAAGGUUUCUACUGCCCCACAGGAACAGGACAAGAUUGGAGACCCUGUCCAUCUGGCACGUACGGUUCCAGCACGGGAUUCCAAGCUGAAAACCAGUGCACAACAUGCCCAGCUAGGCAAUACUGUGGCACAACUAACUUGACUGCACCAAGUGGACUCUGCGAUGCCGGUUACUACUGCAAAUCUGGCUCCGACAGCAGCAUGCCGUCAAAUGCCACCAAGGGUGAUGGCGGACCAUGUCCCAUCGGUCACUUCUGUGAACAAGGCACACAGGAUCCCACCCCAUGUCCACUGGGUACCUUCGGAAACCAGACGCUACUGAGAUCUGCGGCAGAGUGCCACUCAUGCACACCUGGUUACUACUGCGAUGCUACCGGCCUGACCGAGCCAGUUGGCCUGUGCUCUGAAGGGUUCUAUUGCCUCGGUGGAUCCAACUCCUCCAAUCCCCCUGUCAGAGACGCCAGCGGGGGACCGUGUCCAGCAGGAAAGUACUGUGAGAAUGGCACCAGCACACCCCCUGAGUGUCCAAGUGGGACAUUCCAGAUACUCGAGCAGAAGGCCUCAUGUGACCCAUGCCCAGCUGGAUACUACUGUCUGCAGGGCAGCGCAACCAAUACUCCUUGCCCAGAAGGUUACUACUGUCCCCAGGGCACACAGUUUGCGCACCAGUAUCCCUGUCCCAAUGGAACAUUCAAUACCUUUACAACUCGCGCCAACAUAGACGCUUGCGUGCUAUGCCCGGCUGGAAAGUACUGCCCGUCGGAGGGCCUGGCAGAUCCUGCCGGGUUCUGUUCAGGCGGCUGGUACUGCACACUGGGCUCCUGGACCGACAAGCCCAGUAUCCUAGGCAACGAAUCCGGGUCAGACUGCCAUUGUCCAGCACAGAGCAUUGGUGGGAAAUGUCUUGCCGGAACUUUCUGCCCGAAUGGGUCUUCAAUUCCAACCCAGUGUACAGGUGGUUACUAUUGUGAGACAGAUGAGCUGUUAGCAGUUACUGGACCGUGUUUGGCAGGAUACUACUGCUCAUCCGGAUCAACUAUGUCAAACCCAGUUAAUGAGACAUUUGGAGAUAUAUGUCCUAAAGGCCACUACUGCCCAUUGGCUAGCCAGUCAGCAAUACCUUGCCCAGAGGGAACCUUCAGUGAUGCAUACGCUAAUGAGAACGAGACCAACUGUCUGCCGUGUACCGCGGGCAUGUACUGUGCGGGCAUCGGGAGAGCUCUGCCCAACGGGAAUUGCACAGAGGGCUGGUUCUGUCCUCAGGGAAGCACCCAGCCACAGCCGACUUCAAACAAGUGUCUGGCUGGCCAUGAAUGCCCGGAAGGCAGUGGAGCCGAAACGCCUUGCACUUCCGGCUUCUAUCAGCCCGAUGUUGGAAUGGGUGCCUGUGAGAUCUGCCCUGCCGGAAAGUACUGUGACCAAAAUGAAGCAAUAACUGAGCAGCAGAGUGGAGUGGGUGAGGCAUCCCACGGAGUGGUCACACCAAAGACAUGCCCUGCAGGAUUCUAUUGUCCAGCUGGCACAAAAACUUCAGGAGAAAAUCCAUGCCCAAUUGGUACAUACAGUAAUACCACAGGGAUAUCUGCAGAAAAUCAGUGCAUCAAGUGUGAUCCAGGAUAUUAUUGUCAUCAGCCCAAUAUGCUUGCCCCUGCUGGGAAGUGCAAUGCCGGUUUCCACUGUACAUUGUCUGCCACCUCUCCAAGUCCCACAGGGAAUGGAAGUGAGUGCGAACAAGGAACCUUCUGUAUCCAAGGGUCAUCUAUACCCACUGACUGUCCAAAAGGCAUGUUCGGCUCUGCUGCACAGUUGACCUCACUGACUGACUGCACGUUCUGUACACCGGGCAAAUACUGCGACUCUACAGGCCUGCAGCAACCUGCCGGCAACUGCCUCGCAGGCUACUACUGCAGCAAUGCAUCGGAAGAGGCAGCCCCUGUGGGUAAAGCCUACGGAGACAUCUGUCCAGUGGGACAUUACUGUCCAGAACAAAGUUAUGCGCCAACUGCCUGUGCAGCCGGAACCUAUCAACCCUUUACAGGUCGUACCAAUGUAACCGCCUGUUUGGCAUGUGACCCUGGCAGCUAUUGCAAUGCUACUGGACAAGCGCAAGUCACUGGAGACUGCUCAGCAGGCUUCUACUGCAUUCUGGGUGCCACCAAUAACGCACCGACUGACGGCAUCAUGGGUAACAUCUGUCCAAUUGGAUCCAAGUGCCCGCUGGGGUCUGCCACUCACAUCUUCUGUCCCAACGGCACCUACACCAAUCACACAGGCGCCUCGGAAUGCUACGUCUGUCCAGCUGGAUCAUUCUGUACAUCGCGGGACUCUGCUGAGCCCUGUCCGAGGGGUUAUUAUUGUCCAGAGGGCACCGGUGCAGACAUUAUACCAUGUCCUGCAGGUACUUACAACCCAGUGAUGUCACUCACCCAGCUGUCGGAAUGCACCAAGUGUGAUGGGGGCAAGUACUGUCUGCUUCCAGGCCAGGACAACUAUGCUGGGCAAUGUAACGCUGGCUACUACUGCACAAGUGGUGUUAACACUGCCACACCAAACUCUGUGAACAACACAGGGGUGGGAGGCAAGUGUCCCACAGGCUACUAUUGCCCCACUGGCUCAUCCCAUCCAUUGCCCUGCGCUGCGGGCACAUAUAGUGAAUCGGAAGGCAAGUCCGCCUGCAUUACCUGCCCGGCUAGUUUCUACUGCACCCAGAACACCACCUCGUACGCCCUGUACCCGUGCCCCGCAGGCUACUACUGCCCUGUAGGUACCACCCAUGACAGGCAGUACCCGUGCCCUAAGGGCUACUAUAACCCUGUCAACGGCCAAGAUAGCUCCACAGACUGCCUGCAAUGCCCUGGAGGAAAAUACUGUGAAACCGAUGGCCUGUCUACUCCCACGGGAGACUGCGCGGGGUGGCUGGUACUGUACCGGUCGCUCAUACCAGAGAAUGCCAAUAGACGAAGCCAACACUACUGAUCCAUCCAUGUGCUCUUGCCCUGCGGUCAACUAUACGG